UCCGCCCCCUCGUCCGCGGCCGCCGCCGCCCGCGCCUCCCCGACGCGGCGCCCGCAGCCCGCGCCGAGCCCCGGGCCGCGCGGUGCCAUGCAGCCCCGGCGGCGGCGCUGAAGGAUGGCGACACCCGUCCCUCCGCCCUCGCCGCGACACCUGCGGCUGCUGCGGCUGCUGCUCUCCGGCCUCGUCCUCGGCGCGGCCCUGCGCGGUGCCUCGGCCGGCCGCCCGGAUGCAGCUGCCUGUCCUGGGAGCCUGGACUGCGCCCUGAAGAGGCGGGCGCGGUGCCCCCCCGGCGCACAUGUCUGUGGGCCCUGCCUUCAGCCCUUCCAGGAAGACCCGCAGGGACACUGUGUGCCCAGGACGCACCGGCUUGUGGGGGAGAGCCUGCCCAGGCCCAGACUGGAAGAUGAGAUUGACUUCCUGGCUCACGAGCUGGCCCGGCAGGAGCCAUGGCACUCCAUGCCCACCGCGCAGCCCCAGCCUGAAGCUGGACAGCGGCCGCUGGAGCCGGCGGCCACCCUGGGGCUCUCAGAGCGCCGCCAGGGCCCCGACCUGGGCCCCCCCUCCACUCGAGGAGCCCCCGCACCCACGCCCCACACCUCCUUGGGCUCCCCUGCAUCCUCUGUGCCCGUGCACGUGGCCCCCUUGGAGCCCCGGGGAGGCCGCGGUGACGGACUCGGCCUCGGUAGGUCUGGAGUGCUCGUGGUGGCGUGCUCGGUAGCCGGCGCGGCCGCCCUGGCCCUGGCCGCCCUGUGCUGGUGCAGGCUGCAGCGAGACGUCCGCCUGACCCAGAAGGCCGACUACGCGGCCCCGCAGGCGCCCGGCUCCCCUGCAGCGCCCGGGAUCUCGCCGGGCGACCAGAGGCUCGCGCAGAGCGCCGAGAUGUACCACUACCAGCACCAGAGGCAGCAGAUGCGGUGCCUGGAGCGGCAUAAAGAGCCGCCCCAGGAGCUGGAGUCCUUGUCCUCAGAGGAGGAGAACGAAGACGGUGACUUCACGGUUUAUGAGUGCCCGGGCCUGGCCCCGACCGGAGAGAUGGAGGUCCGGAACCCGCUGUUUGAUCACUCCUCGCUGUCUGCGCCCCUGCCGCAGUGACCUGAAGGCUGCCUCUCCCUUCUCCCGGACUGCAGGGCCCAGGGGUGGGGAGGGGCAGGACGCACCGGUUCCCGUUAAAGAGAUCUUGUUCUCGCAGUGGGUGUGCUUGUGGCUGGGCCAGGGCACGAGGGGGGCGGGGGCGGGAACCCCUUACCCAGGAGACUCAGCCCCCUUCUGCCAGGACCUUCUCUUUCUUCUUGCACUUGUCCUGUUGAGUCCGAACCCCCAAAUGAGGGGACAGGGAGAACCAUGAGACCAGGCAUGGAUGAGGAAUCCUGGCAACAAUUAAAAUACAUUUCAAACCCGU